AUGAAAAGAGACUACGACUACCUCUUCAAAAUCGUUAUCAUCGGAGACACUAAUGUGGGUAAAUCGUGUCUCCUCAUCAGAUUCGCGGACGACUGAUUCACCGAAAACUACAUUACGACCAUCGGAGUUGACUUUAGGUUCAGGACUCUUAAGGUGGAAGAAAAGAACGUUAAAUUGCAAAUCUGGGACACUGCAGGCCAGGAGAGAUACAGAACCAUCACCAACGCCUACUACAGAGGGUCAGACGCCAUCGUUCUGGUUGCCGACUGUAGCAACAAGCAAUCCUUCGACAACAUUCCGGACUGGCUCGAAGAAGUGUCAAAGUAUGCAGAAGACGACAUCAGGAAGGUUCUGCUGGUAAACAAGUCUGAAAUUGAUGAUGACUUGAAGCAGGUGACUGCCUCCGACAUUGAAAAGAUGGCCAAGCAGUACGACUUAGAAAUCUUGAGUGUGAGUGCAAAGUCAGGAAAGGGAGUUGACGAGUCGUUUGUCAAGGUCACCAAGUCGUUGAUGGAUAAAAGAGAUAAGGAGGAAGAAGGAGGAUUUAAGAAAGUGACUCCAAAAGGCAGAAGCAAAUUAUAUGCUAAAAAGAAAAAGACUACAACUAGCUGUUGUUAA